UAUUAACCAUUGUAGGAACGUAAGAAAGCAAAGAAAUGUAGCGUAAAGACAAGUGCAGCUUCUCGUUUCAUAACAUGUAACACCGCCAAGUGACACCGAUAACUCCGUAUCGCAUGACGUCUUCAUCAAGCUAACAAUCCAGACUGAUACACUCGGAUUAAAAACAACGUAAGCCGAUACAAGAUAGAUAAAAUUCCGUAUGCGAGUGUGAGUCACCUUGUACAUUUCCGCGCAAGUUCGCGCAAUCGCAAUUGCACCUGCUUCGCAUACUUGUUGAUGAGGCGGAGGUGGAAGCGGACGAGAAUAGACGGCACAGACAGACGGCUGAGCGUGAAGGCGCGACUGCGGAGCGCCGUCACUCGCACGAGCGUUCGAUGCGGCACGUCCGAUAACCGAGACAAUCGUAGCUCGGUCGCUCGUUGAGUGAGCUCGUGCACGGGCAGCAUGUCAUCUUCAUCCAAUGACAUCUUCGCCCUAGCGAGGGAGGAGGCGUUCAAGGACUUCUCUUAUUUCGACGAGGAGACCGUGCCUGUGAAUGUCUGUAAAUCGAUUCCGCUGCGACCACUGAAACCGACGUCUGCUAUCAUUCUCACCGGGUACAUUCCUGAAAACGCGUCGAGGUUUUCGGUGAAUUUAACAUGCAAGACGGCUGGAAACAUAGCUUUGCAUUUCAACCCACGACUGGACAGGGGUUACAUUGUUCGGAACACAAGAGUGCGCGGAUCCUGGGAGGAUGAAGAAACUUGUUCGCCGGCUGGUCCGAGCGGGUGCAUUUUCCGCCGGAACGCUUACGUGCAUCUCAUGAUCUUUUGCACAAACGACGCGUUUCAGAUUGCGGUGAACGGAGAGCACUUCUGUACCUUUUCCUACAGAAUGCCCCUCGAAGAUGUAAUGACCGCCGAAAUCAACGGGAAUCUCGAGGACACCCGGAUUCGCCAGCUGAAUCUAUUCGUAUAUCCAGAUCCGAAUGUUUGCAGACCGUCCCGAGUGCUGGUCCUGACGACCGACGAACCGCUUGUCGAUUUUCUAGACGUUCCCAUCACCGUGGAUAUCGGUAGCGAGUUUCGCGUCGGCGCCCGUUUAUUCAUUGCCGGAAGGCUGAAGCUACUUCCACACUCGUUUUACGUGAAUCUACAGAAGGGCAAGACCAUUUAUCCUCAUCCUGUUAUACCGCUGCAUUUAAACCCGCGUUUCUUAUAUGGCAGUAAUGCGCCGUACGUUGUCAUGAACUGCUGGAACAAUGGCGCGUGGAGUCAUGAGGAGCGACACCAGGGUCACUUAUCCUGGAUGCCCGGUCGAGAUUUCUUGCUCACCAUUCGCUGCGAAUUCGAGGGAUACACAAUAUGGUUGGACAACAAGAUGGUCGGUGAAUUUAAGCACAGACUGCCGUCGUCAAUUGCGGACACUAUACGAAUUUUUGGCGACAUCGUGCUCUACCAGCUUAGUAUGAGCUACGCAUGAUAGGAUUAACUGCACUGCAAAUAGCGUGCACGGUGCAUAAUUAAAGAUGAAGGACGAUGAUUGUAGAGAAGUUCGUGAGAGAUUUUGACAAUGAGUCUUUCGGUGAUUGUGAAUACAUCACGCCAAUAUAUUCUCAAUGCAAAAAAUACUGAGGUAUUUUCAAAUAUUUUGUCGAUAUAAUGUUUAUAUUAUGUUUGCAUUUGUAUAUAUUAUAUGAGAGUUAUUUAUUUACGAGAAUAAAUCAGCAUUGGACAACAA